CAUAUCAAAUCUUGGGGGUCUAGGGUCCUGCUUCUCCCACCUUACAACAACAACAAGAAUAAUAGAAUCACCACCUUGCUCCAUCUUCAAUCAACACAUCAAUAUGUUCAGACGUAAGUGGAGUGGUCUACCAAAGGACCCGCACUUUCCUGUUGAUAUGAAGGAGCUUGGCUACUUCAUCAAUGAAGAUGACGAAGUCCGAGCCAUCGACAAUCCGAACAACUAUUUCAAGUUCUUCCUGAACCGUAAUCCGCGAUGGAAUGAACGUCAACGCUUCGCCAUGAACAUGGCCAUCCAAGGUGUCAUCUGGGAGCGUCUGGAAAAACUUGGCAUGAAGAAAGAGCUUCUCCCCUUAGGCACGGAAGACACUACCAAGCCCCAUGUUCCUAUCUUCGUUAGCAAGGACAUCGCCUCCGCAUCGCGCGUCGUCGUCAUCUUCGGCGAGACACACCAAGACCUCGGCGUCCUCGCGCACCGCGUCAUCGGCGGCCAGGGCGGCGUGAACAAAGGAUCCAUGGUAUCCAUCGUCUCCGCGCUUCAACAGCAGAGCUGCUCGUCCACGGACAUGAGUCCACCCGGAAUCAUCCUCGCCAACACCGCUGAGCUCAUAUGGUGGCCCGAGGGCACCCGCACGCUAGCUCGCGUCGCCUUCGAUGGGGUACCCAUGAAGAGCGCCGUGCACAACGGCAAUCUAAUCACCGAUGCGAACCUAGUCGAAGGUAACGAGAAUACCAUGCGCCAUAUUUCCUACAUGUUCAAACACGUCAUCCCGCACUUCGUCGACGACGCCGCGACAAUCGAUAUUAUCGGUGUGGGCGAUGGUGCUGAUUGCGUCGAGAAGUAUUUGGAUCUGCUGACUAAACAAGACGAGUGGAAGAACCGUAUCAAGUGCCUUGCGCUCGUCGGAGGCUUGGUUCCCGCGUACGAGUUGCAGAACGAGGAGUUUGUGAAGGUGAUCUUGAGAAACAGAGCUCGCGCCUACGCAACCUCCACCGAACCCGUGGGCAUGGUCCUCUCGGGUCCCGACGGCAAUCCCAAGACCAGGACCUUCACCGAACAAGGCUGUCCUGUCUUCAGCAGCGGCUCGGAUCAUUACACUGAGCUGACCUUGAUUAUGGCCCGCGACAUCGUCCUUGACUGGCUACAGGAAGUAGCCAUGACGCCAGAGGGCGAAGAGUACUUGAACCCCGAGUAUCACGUCACCUUCGCCGAUCCUUUCCUUGAUGAGUGUGAAUCCGAUUGGGGCGAGUGGCCGACCGAGGCAUCGGCUGGUGGCGGAGAGAAGAAUGAGUUGCGGGAGGUUAAGGCACAGGAGGCUGGGGUCGAAAAUGAACCUAAGGAGCUGGGUGAGGACAAGGCUGUAGCUGGUCAACCGCGUCUGAUUCUUGUGGAACGUCCCAAAGCUUUGCGAGCUCGAAACAGCAGUAUGGAGGAUGGAGAGGGCGAGAACUAGGUAGACCACUUCGAUCCUUUGCUUUCGAGUAGCUCAAGGCGAUCGUAAAAGUGGAUUCUAGCUUCCGGGAUCUGGUAUACAGGUCACAGUCAUGCUAUGACUAGGUAGCAAGUGAAUUAAAAAAAUGGCUGAUGCUUUGAAGCUUAAUCGUAUUUACUAGCGUAA